AUGGCUUGGCUAGAUAUCAGGCACGCCACUGUCCUCCUCCUGCUGGCAUCACCGUGUGCCACCGAUGACCGGCUCGUCCCCGGCAAGCCGCUCUCCCCUGGCGCCACCAUCGUGUCCGACGGCGGCAGCUUCGCCUUGGGCUUCUUCUCCCCCACCAACUCCACCCCGGGCAAACUGUACCUCGGCAUCUGGUACAACGACAUCCCCGGGCUCACCAUCGUGUGGGUCGCCAACAGAGAAACCCCCGUCACAAACAGCAGCAGUACUAUCUCUUCGCCACCGGCUCUGUCCCUGACCAACACCUCCAACCUCGUCCUGUCCGGCGCCGACGGCCGUGUUCUUUGGACAACCAACGUCGCCGGUGCAGAUACGGCGGGCAGCAACACUGCGGCGGUGCUUCUGAACACCGGCAACUUCGUCAUCCGGUCUCCAAAUGGCGCCACCUUGUGGCAGAGCUUCGAUCACCCGACCGACACGUUCCUCCCCGGCAUGAAGAUCCGGAUCAACUACAAGACGCGCGCCGGCGACCGGCUGGUCUCGUGGAAAAGCCCCGACGACCCAUCGCCGGGAACCUUCUCCUUCGGCAUGGACCCAGAGACAUCCCUUCAGAUAUUCAUCUGGAACGGAACGCGCCCGAUCUGGCGUAGCUGGCCAUGGGCGGGCGACUUAGUUAUCGGCCAGUACAACCAGGCGAUCACCAGCGCCGUCAACUACCUCACCGUUGUCAGCAGCCAGGACGAAAUCUACAUAGCCUUCAGCUUCUCGGAGGGCGCCGCGCAUACAAGGUACGUGCUCACAGACUCCGGCAAGUACAACUUCCAAAGCUGGAACAGCAGCUUGUCUGCGUGGACCUUCCUCUGGGAUUGGACGUCUGGCGAGUGCAGCAGCUACGGCCACUGUGGCCCGAACGGCUUCUGCGACAACACGGAGUAUCCCCGUCCCGCGAUGUGCAGGUGCCUCGACGGUUUUGAGCCGACGGCCUUAGAAGAUUGGAACAGCCGCAGGUUCUCUCAGGGGUGCCGGCGAAAGGAGGAGCUCCGGUGCGGCGACGACCAUUUCUUGGCCUUGCCGGAGAUGAAAUCGCCGGACAAGUUCGUGCACGUCGAGAACCGAACCUUGCAGGAGUGCGAAGCAGAGUGCACAAAAAACUGUUCGUGCGUGGCGUAUGCUUACGCCAAUCUGAGCACCAGCAGAACCAAGGGGGACUGGACGAGGUGCUUGGUGUGGGCCGGCGAGUUGAUCGACACGGAGAUGGCUUUUGGCCCAGAUACUUUGUACCUCCGGAUUGCACGCUUGAACGCAGGUACGAGGCCAAAGAGCAACACAAUAAAGAUUGUGCUGCCUGCAGUUUUGUUAAGUGUGCUCAUACUCACUGCCAUUUCCCUUGCAUGCUUCAAGUUCAAAGGUAAAAUAAGCUAUGGGGCAAAGCGUAGGAAGCUAAUUUUCGAUGGCAUGAGUAUAUCGGAUGAACUAGAAGAAGGAAACCAUGCCCCAGACUCUGAAUUCCUCUCUGUUAGAUUUGAGGAUAUCGUGGCCGCGACAUGCAAUUUCUCAGAGGCAUGUAAGAUUGGACAGGGGGGGUUUGGUAAAGUUUAUAAGGCAAUGCUAGAUGGCCAUGAAGUUGCUAUCAAAAGGUUAAGCAAGGAUUCUGAGCAAGGAUCAAAGGAAUUCAGGAAUGAAGUCAUUCUGAUUGCUAAAUUACAACAUAGAAAUUUGGUUCGACUCCUUGGUUAUAGCGUUGACAUUGAUGAGAAAGUUCUAAUUUAUGAAUACUUGCCUAAUGGAAGCUUAGAUGCUACCCUUUUUGAUAAUUCAAGAAAAAUGAUGUUGGAUUGGCCAAUCCGAUUUAAUAUAAUCAAAGGGGUUGCAAGAGGACUUCUCUACCUUCACCAAGAUUCAAGACUGACAAUAAUUCAUAGAGAUCUCAAGGCCGCUAAUGUUCUGCUAGAUGGACAAAUGAGACCAAAGAUAGCAGACUUCGGCAUGGCAAGGAUAUUCAAUGAUAGCCAGGAAAAUGAAAACACUCAUCGUGUUGUUGGAACAUAUGGUUACAUGGCCCCGGAGUAUGCAAUGGAAGGUGUCUUCUCCAUCAAGACUGAUGUCUAUAGCUUUGGUGUUCUACUCUUAGAGGUUGUUACCGGUACAAGGAGAAGCUCCAUUAGUAGCACCACGGGUUUUCGAAACCUAAUAGUCUAUGCCUGGAACAUAUGGAAAGAGGGGAAUGCAAGAGAUUUGGCAGACCCAUCAAUUAUGGAUACUUGUUUGCUAGAUGAAGUCUUGCUUUGCAGUCAUGUGGCACUCUCGUGCGUUCAGGAAAACCCAACUGAUAGGCCACUUAUGUCAUCUAUUGUCUAUAGUCUAGAGAAUGGAAGCAUCACAUUGCCAACACCAAACAGUCCUAGGCACUAUGGACAGAGGGGUGGUGGUAUGGAGCAAAUAAGGGAUGAAAACAACUCCAUGAAUACCCUUACUCUCACAACAAUAGAGGGACGAUAG